ACCUACUCGUGCCUUCAUCCAAAAAACGAUUAAAUUGUAAGUACGCUACUCCACCAACUUAUUCGAUCCCAUAUCCAGCGUUCGUGACGCAAAAGAAACUGAUUGCUCUUCGCGUUACAAUCCUUCCGCUAAGGACCCGUUCGCAAGAUUGAACGGCGUGCUUUCCGCCAUCCCUUUACCACCGUACUUUUAGAAAUUCGGUUGGGGCCAAUCCAGUCGAGUCUGCAAGAACCAGAGUGCUAAAGAGCAGCAAACAACACCCCUGUCGACCACGUCGGUAUUGGACCAACUCGUUUGGUACGUUCUGUUUGCCAGGAUAUCUAAACCUCCUGGUGUAUCUCGUAGGAUAUGUAGCGUUUCUUUGAAUUCGUUCCCAGAGACGGCAGUGCCCGUGUGGCUGGAAUUCAAUUCAAACCGAGGUUUGAUCGAUCCAUGGCGUGCGAACGACUGUAAAGUAGGGUAAAUACUAGAGCUAUGAGAAGUACCACAAAUAAUGAUGAAUUAUCUACGCUACGCUACGCUGCGCUACACCACACCACUGCACCGGUGUUGUUGUCGUCCCGUAGUUUCUCGUGCCAUGCCCUUCACAGCGUAGUGCAACCCUAAAAGACCGUUCGAGCUCCGAUUUCGGUCCCUUGCUUCUUGCCCCGGGCUACUUGAAAAAGGAGCGGAACCCGUCUCGCUCCUGGCCGGACUUGAGGACCGUCACCGGCAGCUCCCUGGCCCGGGGCUCGAUGGCGGCGUACCGGUCGGCCGCACCCAGCGCCGCUACCUUUUCGCCGGGGUUGGCGUUCUUGCCGAUCCAGACAAACAUCUUCCAUCCCGUGUCCAGCAGGUAGACGUUGUCCUCGUCCAGGGUCGAGGACGAGCGCUUCAAAAAUCCCAUGGGCCGCUUGAGGACGGCCUUUUUGAUGAGUUCUCCGAGGCCGACGUGCUCCAGGGGGGCCGACGGGUCCUCGGGGACGACGAAUAUCUUUGGCUGGAACUCCUUGAGGCCACUCGCCAGGCUCGUCCGCGGCUUGGCACCGGUGGGGCAGGUGCCGAUGGACCGGCUGCCAACGGCCUUGUCGCUGCCGCCGUGGUAGAGGUAGUUCCAGAACUCUUCGUCGUCGUCGCAGUCGCCCUGGUCCAGGACCGUGACGGUUCCGAGCGUGCAGAGUUCCUCGCCCCGCUGGGUGCAAGCAAUCUUGUCCAUGAUUUUCAUCUGCGCGAACGGCAUUUCGUGUUUGGACGAUAGACGCGUUAGUUCGGGUUUUCCCGGGCACCAAAACAAGAUUGAAAGCAAAAACAGGCAAACGAGCAUCCUUCGGUCGAGGAACGCAUCGACAGCGCUCUCCCAAUCCACACUGCGCGCGCACACACAUACAUACACACACACACACACACAAAGGCCACGACCGCACAAGUCUCGUUUCGUUGUACCCACCUCCUUCCCGUGCCACACCCACACGGUGGCCUUGUCGGCCAACAGAAUGAACCCGCUCCUCGAAUCCAUCGACGAGACGUCCAUGGGUACCUGGACCAGCUCCCCCUCCUUGCGGUUUUCCCGGGGCCCGUACCGGAAAAAGAGCGGUUUCUCCUUUGUGGGCUCGACCUUGACAAAGCCGGACGAGAUGCCCCCCUCCAGGUACUCGAGGCGGUCAAAGCAGGACACAAAAUCGUCGGCCUCCAGGCCCUCCACCUGCCGGUGCUGGACGGCGGCCCCGCCCAGGACCUCGUCGGCCUCGACCAUUUUGUAGGCCGCGGUUCCGUACUCGUCCUGGGUCGAUUCGGAUCCGAUCCAGAUGUGCAGGUCGUGCUGCAGGUUGGGCGGGUUGCCCGUGGACCGGAGGACGAUGUAGGAAUCGCCCUUGAAGAACUGGCCGUACUGGUCCUCCGGCCAGGGCUCGACGCGGAACUUUUCGAUCCUCCAGACGGUCAGUCCGGCCUUGGUUCCGAUGCCCUUCCAGGCGUCCUCCCCCUGGGCGGCGGCCUCCUUGACCUUGUGGUCGAGGUCGGAACCGACUGUGAGACGGCGCAGCACAACGGCAGGACGCAAGGAUUCGUGUUGUGUUGUGUUUUGGCAAGGCGAGGCGAGGCGAGGCGAGGCGAGGCGAGGCGGGUCGAGCCCCAAAAAAAGAAGCGACGCGCGUCGAACGAGAGGGGAAGAGAAAACGUGGCACGGAAGAAACACCAAGCGGUUAGACGUCGGCGAGAACCCCUUGCCGUCUUUGGAAACCCCGCUCCGGCGCGGUGGCGAAGCACCGGAAGCCUUACGUGCCGUGCCAAGCCCGGUGUUGGUCGGCGGGGCCCGGCGACCGAGGCCCGCCGCGGUUUCGAAUCCACUCACUCAGGGCAAGGUUCGUGUCCUUCCAGGAAAUUUUCUCCUGCUUUUGCAUGGCCGAAUGUCUUUUUCUGUUCCGUCGGCUGUUCUGUCUUUGUGCCGUUCUUGGUGUGGGUUUGGGUCCGAGGCGGUUUCGUUUCGUAUCUACGGUAGUAAGCAGUGAUCAAUCUAUCUGCGUCUCUAUGAUAGGCCGUUGGUACAGCGCAGGAAGGCAGAACAAGACGUUGUGCUCUUCUGUUGUGCGAUCGGUUUCUCCAAAACUUGCUUGUAAAUGUCUCGUUGAAUCGUGAACAAACGAGACAGUUCCGAAUGGUGCAAUUUGCAAUUUGAGUUUCGCUUCAAGUGCUGUACGGUACGAACGGUACGGUACCUCGUACGGUCUCGUAUCGUCGAAGAGUAAGUAACUCGUAUCGACCGCAUGGGGCACGACACUCCAAAACAACCAAAUCAACGAGAUAUCUUUCGAAAACGCUGAAUGGAACAGAGAACAAAGAACGAGAAAGAUCUUGCGAAAAAACAAAAAACUCCACAUCCC